CCUGUUUAAAGAGUGAGUAUCAUGGCCGUGAUGCAUUGCGUGCUUAUUGGCUUAGUCGGCCAUUUUACGGUGCCGCGAAAAUGGCCACCAAGUUGUAUUUUGAGGAUUAAUGUGGAAUCUGCGCGAUAUUUGGACAAUCGUGUUAUAAAUUAUUAAUUUUUUGUAUUCCCCUUGGAGCAUUGACCAUGUUAGAGGAAUUGUUUGUUGGUUUUGAUAAAUAAUACGCCGUAAUUUUCGAUAAACUGGUGUAUUUCCUUCCGACUCAUGGUUGGAGCAUCGCCUCCGAAACGUGGAAGGCCAAAGAAAGACGACGCAGUCGUGCGGAUAAGAUUAACCAAGCAGAUAUAUGACAUGUGGACUACAAAAAAAGAUUCUGUUGGGUUCUCGACGAAAACGCAUAGCGAAAUUGCAGAAUAUCUUAUGAUGAAUACAUACGAAGGUCUAAGCAUCCAAACUCCUAGUAGUGGUAUGUCGAAAUAUUUAGUACGAUCACUGCAGUUUAUAUUUAUACUCUAUAUUUUCCCCAAAGUCAUGUUAUUAUGAAUUAUAUACGGCUUGUAUACAAUCUACGUUUUGUCUGUUUUAAUUUAGUGCAUCAUUCACAUGUACCAUGUAGUUCAACGCCUGCUGUAGGACAAAGGAAAGCUAGGUUAUUUGAAGAUUCAAUAUCAUCAAUUUCCAGCCAAUCUGAUAUCGAUGUUGAUGUGUGAGUAUAUUUUUCAGUUAUAAUAUGGGCUUUUACUGUGAAUAUAAAGAAUGCACGUCACGUGAUUGUUGACAAGCAAUGUUCCCUUUAUGUCAUUUGUAGUGUAAAUAUUCAUGGAGAGUCUAUUCUCAUAUUUCUGGACAUGAAGUCGAAGGUUUGGAGACUUUGGGCAUCAGUCACAGUCACACUUGUCACUCUCCAUUAAUCCUGAAUUUGGAAAACAUUUUGGCAACCCUUCCAGUUCCGAGACCGAUACUACCAGCUCAGAAUCAGAUUCCGAUUCAAGGUAAUUGAACUGUCUAUUUAAAAUCAUCUUUCAUCAUUGAUAAAGCCCCAGAGACAUGAUAUUCAUACGUUUUCCUAUAUCAAGCUUCAGACGGUGAAUUAAAGAUUGUUAACGUAAGACUGAAAUGCUUAACCCCUCACCUCAUGUACUGAUAUACAUGUACAUCGAUAUCUACACACUAAUAAUGAAGUUGAUUGGAUUUUCAAGUAUUAACAUACAGUUCUGUAUUGUUUUAAAGUGAGAACAGUUCCGAUUUUGCUGAAAGUUUCCCAGAAACAGAACAAAACCUAGAAUUUUCCAGUAACGAUGAAGAUGAGUAAGUAUAGUUUUUCCUCAUAUUUGUUGUAUUUUAGUAAUUUUAUUCCACAUAGCAUACUUCCAUACAUAAGCUAAUAACUUUUAGUGAGUUUCUUGAACCUGUUCAGUUUGUGGAUCCUGUUCUGUUCCCACCUCUCCCUCUAAAUAACAACAAAUUAAUUGUGUACUCCAUUUAAAACAGCAAAUAAUAUGAAAAGAAUACACAAUUAAAUUUUUUUGAUCACCCUGUAUAUCAAAGUAUUGAUCAGGGAGCGUAUAUGGUUUCUAAUACAUAAUGUAUUUUUGAUUUUCUGUUAAGAGCUGCGAUUUCUGGCCCACACUUGCGACCAGAAUUCUGCCGAAGGAAGUCAAGGACCAAAUAAGUAUUCUGAUGGCAGUUCCUGUCCCAGAAGAUCAUCCGAAGAUUGCCCCAUCCAUUGCCCUCAAACCAAUUCCUAAAACAAGCGAUCUUGUCCAGAGGGCACAAUCAAGGUUUGUGACAGAGCAGAUCAAUAAAGAUGCUAUACAGGGUGAAGGUCCGUCAACAUCAUGA